GGGGAGUGGGACGCAGUCCCGGGCUGGGGGCGCGGGCGGCAGGGCCCCCACGUGCAAGACCAGGCCCCGCGUGGCCAGGGCUGGGGGGAGGCGAGGUGCCAGGUGCAGUCGCCCCUGAAGGUGCGGGGGCGCCGGGGUCACCGGGGCGCAGGAAAGUCUGUAAUAAGCGGGAGUUCGGCCUGGCGCCAGGGAGCGGGGGUGCCCAGAACGCCACACGCGGGAGGCUCGGCAGGCGUGCGCGCAGUGAACGAAGUUGGAGAAGACCGGGGGCUUCUGAGUGCCUGCGGGCGGUGCGUGGGGGCUACUACUCAGCGGGUCCCGCAUCUCGCAGCGCCCAAGUCUCGGGGGCUUAGGAGGCCCCCUUCUGCAGAGCUGGGAGCAUCCAUCCGCCUUCUACCAGUAUGGCGACAUCCUCACAGUACCGCCAGCUGCUGAGUGACUAUGGGCCACCAUCUCUAGGCUACACCCAGGGAACGGGGAACAGUCAGGCACCCCAGAGCAAAUAUGCUGAGCUGCUGGCCAUCAUUGAAGAGCUGGGGAAAGAGAUCAGGCCGACGUACGCAGGGAGCAAGAGUGCCAUGGAGAGGCUGAAGCGGGGCAUCAUUCAUGCAAGAGGGCUGGUUCGGGAGUGCUUGGCUGAGACGGAACGGAAUGCCAGAUCCUAGCUGCUUUGUUAGUGUGGAAAGGUUUUCCAUCUUCCCUCCGAUGGAGGGAAGUUACAGUUCAUCUUCUCUGUUAAGAUGAAACUUUUGCUCAAAAUGGUUAACAGUUUGGUUUCUCCUCUGCGAGCCCCAUGGCUCAUUGGGCUUGGAACCUACUGUCUCUUGAGAUUGAGAAAUAUUUUGCAGUUGAUUAGGAUUUACAAUUUAAUUAGUUAGAAACUACCCGGGUCUUUGUUUUUUAAACAUUGAUUCAAAAAGAUGCACGUAAAAGUGGUCUCGCAGCAAACUAGUUUGCCUCCAAGAUGCCAGCGUCUUGCGUUCAUCUUCUUUUGAAUACAUUUGUUACUCAAAUUGUUCUUUGUUCCUUUUCAUAAGCUAAUACAACUCUAAGGGUUUGGUUUUUAGUGCAUACUGAUGGCACGCUUUGCUUAGUAGCCAGUCCCCGUUUGCCAUACAGUGUCUCUAUGUAACUUCUUUUUUGCUUCAGCAUUUGCAUGACUAUUUGUGCUUUGAAGUCAAUUUUAAAAAUGCACAAGUUAUAAAUACAGAAGAAAGAGCAACUUACCAAACCUAACAAGGAUUCCCCCCAACUUUUCUUGCUAAUAAGAUUGUAUGUAGACUUCAGUUUUCGCCUUCCUGUAAGUCAAUCCAGACAUCUGGAAGAAAAUGACUAAAACCAUUUGCAUCUUUGUAUGUAUUUAUUACUUGAUGUAAUAAAGCUUAUUUUCAUUAA